AUUGAUUCCGUCUGAGCCGACAAUAACAAAGAACCCGUUCGAAUUGGUUUGGUUUGAAGCCCGUUUCGUACGUUUUCUUUAUGAUAUGUGUUAUCAUUGAAACAGCAGCUACACAACAGAUUUUCUUGUUUACAGAAUCCCUUGAAAUCUGGUCGGUGUUAAUAACAGAGUCAAGCUUAAAAUUGUUGAUAAAAUUUUCGUGUAUAAAGAAGAGGAACCAAACUACACAAAUAUUCUGUAACUGACCGUUCGACAGUGCGCUUGUAAUUAUAAUCCUACUCGGUGCGUUGGAUGUAAAGUGGUUAUUUUAAUUGAUCGGAUUAGAUUGAUCAGCUGAGCAUGGCGAAGGUUAUGACAGUACGUGGUCCCAUUGAUCAUCCAGAGACACUUGGAUUCACAUUGACGCAUGAACAUUUGUCGUUGGAUUUCCACCACUUUUACGUUGCACCUCCACCGGGACUGGAUGUGUACGUGAAUAAGAAGAUCACGUUGCAAAAUGUAGGAUACAUUCGCCAGUAUCCUUAUAGUUCUGCGUAUAAUGUCAAUUUCGAGGACGAUGAAACACAUGAUGCUGUGCUGAAAGAUGUGAUGCAGUACAAAGCAUGUGGUGGAGGUGCGAUCGUCGAGAAUACUUCACAUGGAAUCAACCGCAAUUUGAAGCUUCUGUACAAUAUUUCGGAAGCAUGCAGCGUGCACAUCGUUGCUGGAACUGGACAUUAUGUCCAGGCGGUACAGCCAGAUUCGGUAACCCACAUGACCAUAGAGGAGAUGGGCGAUCUCUAUACAAAGGAAAUUUUGUUCGGAACACAAGUUGACACAGCCGCUAAUGAAACAACCAUGAUCAAAUGCGGCAUGAUAGGUGAGGUUGGCAGCUCAUGGCCAAUAACGUCGUUCGAAAAGAAAGCGAUUCAAGCCACAGCGGAAACUCAAUGUGUGCUGAACUGUCCGGUAACUUUCCACCCUGGUCGAGAUAAAGAUGCACCGGCUGAGAUAGUGCGCUUGUACUUGGAAGCCGGUGGCAAAGCAGACAAGUGUGUUAUGUCGCAUUUAGAUCGUACCAUACUGGAUCAUGGUGACCUUUUGGAGUUCGCCAAGCUGGGAACAUAUUGCCAAUUUGACCUUUUCGGCACAGAAUGUUCUUACUACCAACUGAACAAUACCGGCUAUAUGCCUUCUGACGAGCAGCGUAUACAAAGCAUCGAGAUGAUGCUGCAAGAAGGAUAUGAGGAUCGUGUCCUGAUGUCGCAUGAUAUCCAUACAAAGCAUCGACUGACUCAUUUUGGUGGACAUGGCUAUUCGCAUAUACUGAACAACAUUCUGAUGCGUUUAUCUUUGAGGGGAAUCGAUAUCAAAACCGUCGACAACAUAACAAUUAAGAACCCGGCAAAGUGGUUGGAAAUGAAAGUUUGAGAAAGCAGACGGACAUCAUCAGCAAUAUAAUCGUUUAUUUGCGUGUCAGUGAACCGGAUAUUGGUCUGUUUUAUCAUAAGAAAUGCUAUCUAGUGUAGAAGAAUAGUAAUGUAGUACGACAGCGUAAACUUUCUGAAAACGUAUAUAAAAUAGACUAAGAUUUUAAUAUUCUGUAGAAUGUUUUGUAUGUAUGUAGGUUUAAUACAUUAAUCAUAUCCAAUUAUUUCAACAAUGGAAGUGUCAAACAAUUGGUAGGCAUCCUGGAGAAAUUUCCCUUCUAGGGGGAUAUAGAAUGUGCUUUAAUAAACAUUAAUAAAACCACCCUUA